AUGUAAAAAGACCAAGAAAUAGAUAAAACCUCUCAAAGCUAGAGCAAAAUGCAUCAUUUGCUGAUCGAGGACAACAAAAGGCAUUAAUUUACAGGGGUGAUUGGAAGCAUGAUUGAAAAAAUGAGGGGGAUUCUUAAAAUGGAUUAGCAUAAGUAUUAAUAGUUAGAGCAAGAUGAUAGUGACUUGGCACAUGCGGAAACUCCAAGAACAGAUGCAUAUAAUACUAAAAAUAAAGCCUAGGUUAAAGAUACUCCUAUUUUUGCAGGAGUUACAAGUUUAAAUGACUCUCAGAAUCGAGGAGGUGCAGGAUUCAAUGAAAUGCAUAUAAAUAGAUCAUUCCAUAACUCAUAAUCACAGUCAGACUAACAAUUUUACAAAUCAAAUAACAGCUUUAAUAAUUCAUAGUUCUAAGGAGAUGAAACAUCUAAGCAACUUAAACAAGCCUUCAAUGCUUCUAACCCAAGAUACAGCGAUUUUAUAGGCCAUCAAAUAAUUGAGAACAGUGCAGAUAAUCGAAGGCAUUCUUAGAAUCACCAUUAAAAUUUACAGAAUAUGAAUGAUUAUGACCUCGAAGAGUUCUUGAAGUCUACUAAUUCAGCUGUCUCUGACUAUUAAUUUCUUUUUGAAAACAUUGAUUAGCAACUCCAAAAUAAUACUCAGAUGAUGGCGGAAGAACUAUCUAAAAAUAUGCCAGACUAUCUCAUGAAUACUAAUAAUUCAAUUUUACUAAACAAGGACAGCUUUAAAAGUGGACAAGAUCAUGAUUAAAGUUUAUGCAGAAGCUCCAAAAAUAAUGAUAACAUGCCUCGAAUGAUAAAAGAUACUCAUCAAAGUUCAACUCAUAUAAGGCAAAGCAAUAACAAUCAUAAUCAAAGAGAUUUACAUAAUAACAGUAGUCUUAUUUUUAAUGAAAAUGGUAGUGCUGGAGUAGCUGGGGGAAACUAUCUAGAGCAUAGUGCAAACAUGAGUAGUUAGAUAGACAUCACAAAUAUGAGUGAUGAGAUUAUAUCAAUAGAAGAAACUUAUCGUGAGACAAAUGCUGCUUGUAGGAAAUCUAUGGAGGAAAUUUAGCCUCCUUAAUCCUAGCAAAAAGGCAACAAGUCAAUGACAAUAAUUGAGGAAGAAGACUAUGAGGAGAGUGAAAUAAUUAACAAUGGAAAUUAAACUAACACUAAUCUUUUCUCUUAAAUGAGCCUUAAAAUGAAUACCAUGAAAAAGUCAACUUCUUCAAAUCUAAAUCGAACAAGGCAGAAUCUCUAGUAAAAUUAAUAGUAAUAAAUAACAUAGCCUACCAAUGAAUCUAUGAAUAACUAGGCUUAUUAGUAGGUUUAGCAAAGAAAUCCAAACAAUCACUCUAAUCUUAGAGAUUCUUAUGAAACAUUUGGAGGCCUAAACUCUGAAGGUGGGUCAGGAAAGCAAAAUCUUUAAAAGAAUUCUUAAAUAUAUAACACUUCUGAUAAUGUUUAGUAGAGAUCGAAUAAAAUGCAAGAUUAAUUAAACGAAGUUUAGGACAGAAAAGUUGCCACCCAGAACAACAUAGGUGGGAACAAGAAAUCAAGGGCUCUUUCUGGUAACAUAUAGAGUGAAAUCUAUGGAGGCCGAACUGCAGCAGCUACAUUAGCAGAUGCAGAGUCUAAGAAUGUUACUCUGAUGUCACCUAUGAAUCAUUUCACUAUCAAUCACACUCAUGAUAGUAUUGGAAGCACUAUCUCAUAUCCAUAAGAGGGACAGAGAUUACAAGAAAAGUACCAGAAUCUGAGAAUGCAGUAGAAUAUCUAUGGAAAUUAAGAAAUUCAAAAUAAUGAAGGAGAUUGUGAAGAUGAUCAAAGUAAUAAAAUAUCUAUUCAUGAUAUGCUUAAGAGGUAUCAGGAAAAGUACAAAAAAUAAAAAGAGGAUAGCUAGAAGUUUAAUCAAAAUAAUCAGUAGUAGGUAUUUGAAUUCAAGGAUACUAGAAAUAUUAGUAAAAAUAUCAAGAAACCUUUGACAGCAGAAGACACCAGUGAUAGUGAGAAUGAAUAUGUAAAUCGAAGCUUUGUGAGCACUACUCAAAUUAAUCAGCAGCAUACGAGGAAAAGAGACAGAAGUAAUGUAUCAUUAAGCAAACCAUUUGACUUUGUAGAUGAUUAAGUUUCAAACUAAAACUAAGAGUUAUAAGAACAAGACUAGCCUAUAGAUAGUAGAAGAAUGAUGAAUCUCGAAAGAGAGCUGAAUGCAUAUGCCAGACAUAUUCAAGAAUUGGAGGAUCUAGUCAAAAUGACUGAGAACUAGAAAUUAAAAACUGAAAAGCAACUCUUGCAAUAGCAACUUUAAUUUGAGAAUGAAUUCAAAGCUAGAGAACAUCAAUUUAGCAAAGAAUUAAAAAUCAAAUAGAAUGAGAUCGAGUCUUUGUACAACAAACUUGAAGAGCAGCAAUAGUUAUUUGAUUAAAAAAUGGAGAAUCAAAGAGACAGGCUGAAGAGAGUGGAAAAAACAGUCUAUGAGCGAGUUGAGCAAGAGUACUCAUAGAUACUAACUGAGAAAGAUAAUUUGAUAAUGGAUUAAAAUAAUCAAAUUCUUUAGUUAGACAGCAAUGUCAGAUAACUCAAAGAUCAUAUUGCAUAAGAUUAAGUAGCCUUAGAAAUGCGUCAUGAGGAGCAAAAACUUAAAGAGAGGUAGUUUAUUUUAUAAGAAAGAGAAGAUAUAAAGUACAAGACACUCUAAGAAAAUGAUAAAGAGAUGCGCAGACUCAAGGAAAGGAUUGAAUCUGAGUAUUAGUUCAAAUUCACAUAAAUGGAAUAGAAAUAUAAGCAGAAGAUUCUCAAGAUAGAAUCAAUGUACAGAUAAAAGCAGGACGCAUUCUUAGUAGAUAAGUAAAAGGAGUUCUAAAGUCUUAAAGAGCAGGAGAUCUCGAGAUUCUAAGAGGAAAAGCUCAUCAAUCACGCAAGGACCACAUAGAUAGUAUAUGAGGACGUGAGUAAAACGCUCAUUAGUAAAACUAAAGAAGAGGAGAAGCAUAGAAUAGAUAAAAUUAGAAAUUAAAUGAAAGAGGAAUAUGAGGACAAAAUGAGAAAGAAGGAAAAUUAACUAAGUAUGUAACUUGCUUAGGAAAGGAAAGCCAAGGGCUAGGUGGAACUCAAAAAUGCUCAGUUAGAGGAUUAGGUAUAUGAGCUAAUGGAGAAAUUGAGAAGUAUAGAAUAGGAUAAGGAAAACAUCAAUCAUAGAAUGAAUGCAGGAGAUACCAAGGAGCUAGCCAACAAGCUUAAAAAGGUUAAUAAAGCACUCCCUCUCAAGUGA